CAUUACCAUUUUGUUUCUUAUCCGGCGCCUUGUUGUACCUCCUCUUCCUCUCCAGCAAGCCUGUGAGUUCCAGUGAAAUGAUAUAGUUUGUUUUUAUUUAAGAAAUAUAUAACUUUCGAAUUAAUGUACUCGCUGUACAGUAAAUUGAUCAAAACAAGUUCAAUCGGAACACGCUAUAUGGCUGUAUUUACUCAGAUUUUAAAUCCCAUUAGUGGACAGAACGAAUGGGCUGCGAAGGAUGACACAUACGACUAUUACCAGGAAGUGGCCAAUGCUGGGUUCGGAGACAUGCUUCAUGACUGGGAGAGAAACCAGAAAUAUUACCAAGCUUUGAAGAAAACAAUAGCCCAUAUGCAUAGCUUGGGGAAGAAAGCUCAUGUUCUCGAUAUUGGUACGGGCACGGGAAUAUUGUCAAUGAUGGCGGUGUCGUCAGGAGCAGAUUCAGUGACGGCAUGCGAGGCUUUCUUACCCAUGGCCAAUUGCGCCGAACAAAUUUUAGAGGCCAAUGGAAUGAAGGAUAAAAUCAAACUAAUCAAGAAGAGAUCGACAGAAAUUGAAAUUGGCGUAGAUAUGCCAAGGAAAGCCAAUUUAUUGGUCACUGAGGUUUUGGAUACAGAACUUAUCGGAGAAGGUGCUAUAGGUAUUUACAACCAUGCGCACGCACAUUUGUUGACAGAUGACGUUAUAUGCAUUCCUUCGAAGGCGGUAUGUUUUGCACAGGUGGUUAGCUCUCAUUUGGCGGCUCAAUGGAAUUCGAUGAAGAUAUUAGCUAAUUUGGAUGGAGACGUAUUAUUGAGGCCCCCAAAAGAAAUUUCCGAAUGUAAAGGAGAAGCUAAUCUUCAUGACGUCCAGCUUUCUCAGUUACCAUUAGAAACAUUUAGACCAAUUACACAACCCUUAGAAAUAUUUCAAUUUGACUUUAACAAAAAAGAACCACGUGCAUCGGAACGACAUUGUAAUAUGGAGGCAAAAGCAAGUUCUGUUGGCAGUACUGACUUAGUGUUUUACUGGUGGGAGAUCGCACUGGAUCUAGAAGGCGAAAUCAGAUUGUCUUGUGCGCCCUUCUGGGCACAUCCUCAUCUAAAAGAGAUGGCUGCAUCAGAAUACCCAGCAAAACCGUUGUCCAAUGUCAUUCCAUGGCGAGACCAUUGGAUGCAGGCCAUUUACUAUGUACCAAAACCUUUAAAUUUGCAAAAAGACGAUACGUUUACACUUCUAUGUAAUCAUGAUGAGUAUUCGUUAUGGUUCGAUGUAAGUAUCGGCACGAAUGAGUUGAAUAAAAAAGUACCCAGACACCAGUGUUCCUGCAGGAUGCACUUGACUUAUUCUAGAUCAAGGAUUGGACAAAUGAACGAGAGUAUUCGUAACAAACGCUACAUGAAAUGCCUGGAAGAAAAGAUAAAUGAGAGUUCCAACGUACUGGUACUAGGGGACAGCUGCUUAUUGGGAUUAGCCAGCGUUAAACUUGGAGCCAAGUCGGUAAUAUGUUAUGAGCCGCAACAAUACUCGAGAGAGUUUCUCAAGGGUAUCGCUAAGAACAAUCAAUUGGAAAACGUGAAAAUUGCUCAAAAACUGGGCGACAUAACAGACGACGAAUUACAAGCCGUUAACUUUAUAUUCGCCGAGCCAUAUUUUCUAACGUCCAUAUUGCCAUGGGACAACUUUUAUUUUGGAACUUUGCUUAUGCAACUAAAGGAUAAGUUUCAUAAAUUCGAAGAAAUGCCUAUAUCGCCACUUGGAGCAAAAAUUUAUUGCGUCCCACUUGAAUUCCUAGACCUUCAUAAAAUUCGUAGCCCGGUUAAGGAGUGCGAGGGUUUCGAUUUAAGACUUUUUGAUGAAAUGGUGCAGAAAUCCAUAUCAGUGGCUCAGGCAAAGGUAGAGGCUCAACCGCUUUGGGAAUAUCCUGGCAAGGCAUUGGCAAAGGAGCAGGUUAUACUGCAAGUGGAUUUCAAAAAAUUUGAUCAAAUGCAAUCAUUGAAAGGAAGCAUCCCCAUUGAAUACACAUCGAGUUGCAAUGGGAUCGCAUUAUGGGUCGAUUGGUUGUUGGACAGCACAGGCAAUCCCAAAUCAAUUGUGAGCUCUGGACCAACCGAGCCCAUUGAAGUUGGCAAACAUGUAAAAUGGAAUAUGUUUGUUCGCCAGGGCGUACAUUUGAUGAGUCAAACGCAACAAGUUGUGAAUGGGAAGAGUGAAGUGUCCUGGGAAGUGGAAUUUAAACCUGGUAAAGGACUUAUAGACUUUAAUUUCAUUGUAAAAUAAGUCGAGAGUUGUUUUCAUUAUUUUUUUAUUGAAGGUUGUUAUACAAUUUUUGUACAUUAAAAAAAAAAAAACGGUAAAAAUAACUUAAAUGUUAAUAUAUAAUAUUGAUCAGUUAUAGUAAACAGUAAAAAGGACAUGUAAUGAAAAAUACAUAGAAAGGUGAAAGUUAA